AUGUUGUUGCUUUCAGGUCAUGAGAUUCUGCCUUACAUAGGACCUAAGCCACCCGUGGGGAUUCACCGAUUCAUACUGGUUCUCUUUGAGCAGAAGGGACCUAUAGGAUUGGUGGAGGAGCCACCAAGUCGAGUCAGUUUCAACACUCGUUAUUUUGCGAGUCAGUUGAAUCUUGGUCUUCCAGUAGCUACAGUCUACUUCAACUCCCAGAGAGAGCCUCAAUCUAAGAGACGUUGA